AUGGCCGACAAGAAGGAAGAAAACCAAGAGAUUGAUUACUCUCUCAACAACCCCGAUACUCUCACCAAAUACAAGAAUGCUGCUACUAUCUCCCAAAAGGUUUUGAAGGAUGUCACUGCCUUGUGUGUGGCUGGCGAGAAAAUUGUGACAAUUUGCGAGAAGGGUGACAAGCUCCUCGAGGAAGAGAUCGCAAAGGUCUACCGAGGAAAGAAGAUGGUCAAGGGUAUUGCCCACCCAACCACUGUUUCUCCUUCAGCUUUCGUAACACCUUAUACCCCUCUUACCUCGGACGAAGCCGAAGCAAGCGUUGUUCUCAAAGAAGGCGAAGCUAUCAAGAUUCAACUCGGUGCACAAAUCGAUGGAUUCGGAACAAUUGUUUGUGAUACCAUUGUCAUUCCCUCUGCCGACAACGCAAAUGGAGAGAUCAGUGGAAGAGAUGCAGACUUGUUGUUGGCGACACACUAUGCAAACGAGCUUCUGUUACGUUUAAUGGUUCCCUCUGGAUUGGUCCCAGUUGGCACAGAGGAGGAGCAAAAGAAGGCAGCAACUAUUAAAGCUCCUACUCAAGCUAAGAUUACCAGCUUACUCGAGAAAUUGGUUAAGAGUUACGACUGCAACUUGGUCGAGCACACCACCUCUUGGCAAUUCGAGCGCAACGAAAUUGAAGGAAAGAAGAAGAUCAUCCUCGCUCCAGGAGAUGGUACAAGAGGUGAUGGUGUUCCAGAAGUUGGCGAGGUUUGGGGUGUUGAGAUGGGUGUUUCUCUUGGCUCUGGAAAGAUUAAGAACUUUGAGAACAGAACCACUCUUCAUCGUCGUACCAACCUUACAUACGCCUUGAAGCGACCAAGUUCCAGAGCGAUUAUGAAUGAGGUUGUGAAGAAGUUUGGUACCUUCCCAUUCAGUUUGAGACAACUGGAAUCCGAGCGAGAUGCCAAGGUCGGUGUUGUCGAGUGUGUACGUGGAAACGUUUUCAGACAAUACGAAGUCGUUGGAGACAAGGACAACGAGGCAGUAGGAAGAUUAUUGACCACAAUUGCAAUUACCAAAAACGGUUUACAAAAGAUUGCCUCGCCACCCGAGCCAGAUCUUAGCAAGUUCAAGACUGAUAAGAAGAUCACCGACGAAGAGAUCCUCAAGAUUUUGGAGCAACCUUUGGCUAAGGAUAAGAAGAAGAAGGCUGCUAAGAAGCCUGCUGCAGCAGAGUAA